AUGAAAGUAGAAUAUGAAUGUUAUCCCUUUGUUGGAACUGCACUGAUCAGUGUGUAUGCGGCAUUUAAAGACGAAAUCCAAAAUGCUUCUCUAUCCAUGAGUCAGCAUGAUCUUGUUGCCUGGAGCACCAUGAUAACAGCAUGGGUCCAAAAUGGUUGUGACAAACGAGCGCGAAAGACUUUAGCAGAAUUUCAAAGUGCUCCAAUUUUCUCAAUUGAUGACUCCAUUUUGUCUAGCUGUCUUUCAGCUUGUGCUGGCUUAGCGUCUCAAGAGAUGGGCAAGUGGUUCCAUGCCUGUAGCUUUAAAACUGGAUUUGAGUCAUAUGUACAUGUUGCAUCUUCCAUCAUUGAUAUGCAUAGUAAGUGUGGUGGUAUAAAAGAUGCACUCAAGUUUUUUGAUGGAUUGAAUGCUAAAACUGUGGUGUCUUGGACUGCUAUGAUGUCUGGAUAUGCCCAUUGA